CAUGUUACGACAGUGUUGGACUUGGACGCAUCCGCUAAAAGCUGAGUUGGUGGGUGGCUCAGUUCCCAACUCCAAUUUUAACUCCAAAUCGUGACUUUCAAUCGAGUCUCUUCGGAUAAACAUGGCAUCACCGUCAGAUCACAAGGCCAACAUUAUCGACGGCAAAGCCAUCGCUCAAACCAUCCGCAAUGAAAUCGCCGCUGAAGUCCACCAACUAUCGCAAAAACACGGCAAGGUCCCAGGGCUGGCUGUAGUGAUUGUGGGCAACAGGAAGGAUUCUCAAAGCUAUGUGAAUAUGAAGAGAAAGGCAUGUGCUGAAGUUGGGAUUAAGUCGUUUGACAUAGACCUUCCGGAGCAAGUUUCUGAAGCUGAGUUGAUCGCUAAAGUUGAUGAGUUAAAUGCAAAUCCUGAUGUACAUGGAAUAUUGGUUCAACUCCCAUUGCCAAAGCAUAUAAAUGAAGAGAAAGUUCUGACUGAAAUCAGCAUUGAGAAGGAUGUAGAUGGCUUUCAUCCGCUGAACAUUGGCAAGCUUGCAAUGAAAGGCAGAGAUCCCUUGUUCCUUCCUUGCACCCCUAAGGGGUGUCUUGAACUUCUGUCACGAAGUGGUAUAACUGUAAAGGGAAAGAAAGCAGUUGUGGUGGGUCGAAGUAACAUAGUUGGAUUGCCAGUUUCCCUGCUACUUCUGAAAGCAGAUGCUACAGUUACCAUAGUCCACUCACACUCUCAAGAUCCUGAAAAAAUCAUUCGUGAAGCAGACAUCAUUAUUGCAGCAGCAGGGCAAGCAAUGAUGGUCAAAGGUAGUUGGAUCAAACCUGGUGCUGCAGUUAUUGAUGUUGGCACAAAUGCUAUCGAUGACCCAAGUAAGAAGUCAGGCUAUAGGCUAGUUGGAGAUGUUCAUUACCAGGAAGCAUGUAAGGUAGCUGGAUGGAUAACUCCUGUUCCGGGUGGAGUGGGGCCAAUGACUGUUGCAAUGCUACUGAAGAAUACUUUGGAUGGUGCUAAGCGUGUAAUUGAGCAUUAAACCCAUGUCUUUGUUCACCUUCAGAAUAAGAUGUUGCCUAUGAGAUACAGUUUUGAAACACAUUUUAUUCGUAUCAUCCAAUAAGAAUUUUGCUUUCCUGUUACAA